UCACUGGAUCCAAAGGAGGCCCCAAGCACAGGGACACCAGGUUAGAUUCUCUUGGCAAUGCAGGGUGUAGCACAGUAAAAUAUAACCCAAUUGAGCUGUCAUAUAUGCUUUGGCACUGUUUAUUAAUCUAGAUACUGUUCUAACAUUCUGAGCGUUUCCUCUGUUUUUAGUGAAAGGAGGCUUGACAUUGGAUGAAGGAAUUUACAUCGCUCAAAUGGUGGCUGAAACAGGUUUGUUUACACCGAAUAACAAUCCCAAGUGUAAAUAAGCAAAAAUGCACUAAUGUUGUUUCUUUCUUUUUUACUUUGUUUGCUUGUUUGUUUUUUCUUUCCAGAUUAACACAAUCCUUUUACAACAGCAAUUUUCAAUACCAUUAAUUUGACCAGAAAUUCUUUGAAAAUUCCAUUUAACUCUCUCUAGCAAUGAUAAAUUGUUUGAAUUUUAAAAGUCGCAGAACUUGGCUAUCAUUGCUUAUUUCAUAGUUAUCAACUCUGCAUAACUUUUACAGUCAAGGCAGGUCAAACGUACCCCCCAAGAUUCUAUUAAUGAAUUGAUUAUUUGAGAAAUGACCCGUUACUCGUUCCCGUUACUAGUGUCAAAUUCAAAUCGGCAUUCCUGCGUAAUGAGCAGUGAAUAUUUUAUAAGAACUUAUCUGUAUCUGGUCAGAUUGACUAUCUUUGAAUGGUUAAAAUUGCUUUGAACACAUUUACAUCAAGCUCUGGAAAAAUGAGGAGGUAGAUACUUAAUUAACUGCCUUGCUUGUGAAUUCACAGGUCAUUACACAUGCAAAAUGCAGAUAUGAACCUGAAAUCUACUACCAACGGCUUUCGAGUAAUAAAUUCAUUGAUGGAAUCUUCGGAGGUACGCUUGACCUGGCCUGACUGUACCAAUCUCCAUGCUGAAGACUGUCAUACUAAUUAUCUGUUAUUUCUGCCUUAUUGUAGGGUGCCUCUCUGCCAUAGACAUGGUGGAAUUUAAUCCAGCAAUAGGAAGCGAGGAGGAAGUGACAAGAACUGCCAUAAAUACAAUGGAACUGAUUAACAUAUUACUCGGCAAGAAAAGUCACCUCACAGAGGCUCCAUUGCCUCCUGUGGAUGAAAACAAAGUUGAUGUCAAUAAUGGAGUUGUAAAUUAA